AUGUCUGUUGCCGCUGCCAAGUCUGUUGCUCACGUGCCUCAGGCGUCCCGACGGUACAAGAAUUCGUACACUGGGUUUGUGUACGAUAUCCAUACGUUUUUUUACGAUCUUUCCGUGUUCCUUUUCAACAUCCUAUUCACAAUCUUCUUCAGGGAAGUUAAGGUGCGUGGUGCGUACAACGUUCCCGAGGUAGGGGUGCCCACCAUCCUUGUGUGCGCCCCUCACGCUAAUCAGUUCAUCGACCCUGCUCUGGUCAUGUUCCAGACACGGCAGCUGAGGACGUCCGCGGGCGAGUCCCGGUCCAGAAUGCCGUGCUUUAUUACAGCUGAGUCCAGUUUCAAGAAACGGUUCAUUUCUCUUUUUGGUCAUGCUAUGGGCGGUAUCCCCGUGCCCAGAAUCCAGGAUAAUUUGAAACCCGUGGACGAGAACCUGGAAAUCUACGCUCCAGACUUGAAGAACCACCCGGAAAUCAUCAAGGGCCGCUCCAGGAACCCGCAGACCACCCCGGUCAACUUUACAAAACGGUUUACUGCCAAGUCUCUUCUUGGGUUGCCAAACUACUUGAGUAACGCUCAGAUCAAGGAGAUUCCGGACGAUGAAACCAUAAUCUUGUCCGCCCCCUUUAAAACCUCGAAGGCAAAGGCCGUGGAGCUCUUGAACAACGGAACCACUUUCAAGUACGCCGAGAAAAUAGACAACACGGAGACCUUUCAAAGCGUCUUUGACCAUUUACAUACUAAGGGCUGUGUGGGGAUUUUCCCCGAGGGCGGUUCGCAUGAUCGUCCUUCCUUGCUACCCAUCAAGGCGGGCGUCGCCAUCAUGGCUUUGGGCGCUGUUGCCGCCGACCCUAGCAUGAAAGUAGCUGUCGUGCCUUGUGGCUUGCACUACUUCCAUAGAAAUAAGUUCAGGUCUAGAGCCGUCUUAGAGUACGGCGAACCGAUCAUUGUGGACACUAAAUAUGGGCAGAUGUAUAAGGAUUCCCCCCGUGAAACCGUCUCCAAGCUGUUAAAAAAAAUCACGAACUCUUUGUUCUCCGUCACUGAGAACGCGCCGGAUUACGACACUUUGAUGGUCAUUCAGGCUGCAAGAAGGCUGUACCAGCCGCUGAAAGUCAAGCUGCCACUGCCCGCUAUUGUGGAGAUCAACAGAAGAUUGCUUUACGGUUAUUCGAAAUUCAAGGAUGAUCCAAGAAUCAUUCAUCUGAAAAAAUUGGUUCACGACUACAACAAGAAGCUGGAUUUGGUCGGUCUGAAAGAUCACCAAGUAAUGCAAUUGAAAACCACCAAAUGGGAAGCCUUGAGAUGUUUUGUGACUCUUGUCACCAGACUGAUCAAACUCUCUGUUUUCGCCAUACUGUCCUUACCAGGUUCUAUUCUCUUCACUCCAAUUUUCAUCAUUUGUCAUGUUUAUUCUGAAAAAAAGGCCAAAGAGGGUUUAAAGAAAUCACUGGUCAAGAUCAAAGGUACCGACUUGCUCGCCACUUGGAAGCUUAUUGUGGCCCUAGUGUUGGCCCCGAUUCUUUAUGUCACCUACUCGAUCUUACUGAUGAUUCUGGCAAAGAGGCAACACUACUUUCGCAUCUGGGUCCCAAAUAACCCGUUUUUACAAUUCGUUUACUUUUACGCAUUACUGGUUUUCACCACUUAUUCCUCUUUGAAGACAGGCGAGAUCGGUAUGGACCUUUUCAAAUCCUUAAGACCACUUUUCGUUUCCAUUGUUUAUCCAGGUAAGAAGAUUGAGGAAAUCCAAACUACAAGGAAAAACCUAAGUCUUGAAUUGACAGCUAUUUGUAACGAUUUGGGGCCAUUAGUUUUCCCAGAUUACGACAAAUUGGCCACAGAGAUCUUCUCCAAGAGAGAUGGUUACGACGUCUCUUCCGACGUAGAGUCGAGUUCUAGUCACUUGAGUGGUCAAACUAGAAGUCGUUCGUCCUCCGUGCAUUCUAUCGGCUCUCAAUUCUCCAAUGCGCUAUCAAGAGUGAAUUCAAGAGGCUCGCUGACUGAUAUCCCCAUUUUUUCUGACGCAAGACAAGGUCAGUGGAAGAGUGAGGGGGAAACUAGUGAAGACGAAGGCGUGAUUGACGAGAAGACGGCUGAGACUACGCAGAAUUCGGAUCUCAACAAAGAAAAUGGUCGGAAUGUAGACAUCUCUUCCAGAAUUGCUUCAUUAGUGAGACAAAAACGAGAACACGAAAAGAAAGAGUAA